GCUGAACACAGGACUCAGUAUGGCCAUUCGGUACUUGAAUCCCUGUGGUCUCGACUCCUUCCACAUCCACAACCGUGCAACCGAAAUCGUCCUUCUCGUCGCCGGGAAAUCCCUCUACACUGGCUUCGUCCUCGAAGAUGGCUUCGACCAGCCCGUGCUCGCCACCAUCGGCCUGUACCAGGGUACCGUCCGGCCGCAAGGCUCGAUUCAAUACGAUUUCAACGACAACUGCGAGCCUGCUGUGUUCAUGGCUGCUCUGUCGAGUGGGGACCCUGGUGUCAGCCGCAUGAGUCAGAAUUUGUUUGUGGAGGACCCGGAGCUGCUCAGGGCUGGUCAGGGAUACCCAGAAUUCUUAAACAACGCCAAAACUACGGAGUUUUAUGGCAGCAUUACGGCAGCAUUCGCGCAGGGUAUGAAGGCGCGUUAUGAGAGGUGUGGAAUGAAGUGGAAUGGCACUACACAUGCUUGAAAAGAGGAUGUGUAUUUUGAUUAUUCAUUCUCUAUCAUUAUAAGCUCCAGAAUGAUAGGCUAGCAGAGUCUGAGCACAGAA